AUGUCAGUGUCUUACGACUUGGCGAAUCCAGAACUAGAGCUGACUGAUCCAUGUCCCGAUAUCCACGACCUCUUCCUGAAUUUUAACGACCUCUUCUUCGAAGGGACACUGGCUGGUUGUGAAGUGAAGUGGAGUCCACGAAUGUUCUCAUGUGCAGGUGUCUGUUCGUACGAAGGAAGGAGCGGCAUGUGCUCAAUUCGACUCAGUCUUCCGCUGUUGAAGUUGCGUCCACGUAAAGAUCUCAUAGAAACGCUACUGCAUGAAAUGAUCCAUGCCUUCCUGUUUGUUACGCGAAGGAAUCGCGAUCGAGACGGUCAUGGGCCUGAUUUUCAAUACCAUAUGUGGAGAAUUAACCACAUGGCUAACAUCAAGAUAACCAUUUACCACUCAUUUCAUGACGAAGUUGCUGUUUACAAACAGCACAUAUGGAGAUGUAAUGGACCGUGUCGUGGAAGAAGCCCAUACUUUGGCUACGUGAAGCGGUCAUCGAACCGUGCCCCCGGCCCGAAUGAUCUGUGGUGGAGCGCUCAUAAAUUAAGUUGCAACGGAAUAUUUGAGAAGAUUAAAGAGCCUGAAGGAUAUGGACCACGAAAGAGAAAAAGGGUUGUGGAGGUUACGGAAAUUGUCUUUGUACUUGCACCAAGCUGUUCUGCAAGAAGAACAGUUAUUUGCGGGUUUGCUUCUACUAGUGGCUUCAAUUCGUCGUCGUCAAUUUCAGUGAGACGUCUGCGAACUUCUUAA